AUGGGCCUGGUAGACUAUGGUUCCGACUCGGACUCGGACUCCGAACCCGUUCAGCAGCCGGUAGCGCCCACACCCGCACCCGCCGCGGCUUCCUCGACCACCACCAAGAAACCGUUCCAAAAGCUCAUCGAUCGCUCCGGCUCUGGUUCUGGCAAAAUCAUCGUCAACCUAGGCAGCGCAGGCACAGGCCCCGAGCCAAACCCGGCCGAAGACGAACCGCCAGCAAAACGGGCAAAGACAGCUGGACCAGGAGCCAGUCGCUUUAGCAGUUUCGGUUCUUUUCUACCAGCACCCAAGAAAACGGCACCCGCAGCAAGCACUGCCUCUAUAUCAGCGUCGACGGACAACACCAGCAACAGGCCUAAGCCAGUUGUGAAUUUCAAGACUGGCGCAGAACCUGCUUUCUCCAGGACCAGCAACGAUGAUGGGGACGAUGGAUAUGGAGCUUCAGAAUCGACGUCAGGGUCCGGUUUUUCCUCCGGACUCAACCUACCCGCACCAAAGAAAGGGCCAUCACUACCAGAAGGACAGAAGGCAGAGGAGGACGUGAAGCUGGUUGGAAAGCCGCUCAUGUUUAAGCCACUUUCUGUGGCAAGGAAGCCCCAGAAAAAGAAGACUGUGGCACCCAAAGCACCAGCUGUCCAGAGUGUUGGGGACAAGGCGUCAACAACGACACCAGGCCCAUCGGCACAAGACCCUACAACACCAGCACAACCGGCAGCUCCGAAAAGGAAACAAGUCUCGCUCUUCUCCAUGGAGGAGGAGGAAACCACCUCUACAACAGCAGCAGCAACAGCAGUCACUGGCGCCUACGAGCCCCUAUUUACCGCCCCAGAUCCUUCCGCCAGCUACGAACACCAUGACAACGACGUGACAGGCGACUACGAUUCUUACACCGCCCCUAGCUAUAGCUCGGCACCUAGCAAUGCUUCCCACCAGCAGUCCCUCAGCUCCAUAGCCGACGAUCUCUCUCUGAACAAAACAGCGCGCAGAGAGCUCUUUGGGCGGCAACGUGGAGGCAAGAAUAAGGAUGCCUUUGAGAUUCCAGAAGGCGCCAAGGUUGUAAACUUCAACAUGGAGCAGGAGUACGAGCACAACAACGCGCUGAGAGCCUCGGGCGAGCAGGUGUACAAUCCAGUCCGAGCCAUUGCGCCGGGCAAGCACAGUCUCAGACAGAUGGUCAAUAUGGCGCAGAGCAAUGUGUCUGCGUUGGAGGAUAGUUGGGCUCAGGCAAGAAAUAACCGGAAGGACGCUGCGGGGAAGUAUGGGUGGAAGUGA